CGGCCGGCAACCACCGUGACGACAUAUUUCUUGCUCGCUUUUUUCUACUCCUACGAGCCUACGACUUGGACUUCUCCUCUCCAUUCUUCCUUUUUCCGGCGACUCGCGGAAUUGCGGGUGGAUUUGCUGCUUCCCUCGCUGUCGACUCGGCUCGGGCCGGUGCUUUUUUAAGUGACGUGAGAAGAAAGCGAGGCAUCGAAUCCAAUCCAAUCCAAUCCAAUCCAGAGUGGGGGUAAAACCAGCGAUCUUUGAGGGGGCAUUUUCUUUCAUUUUUUUACUUUUUGGUUGGCUUGGGAUUCGCCGCCGGUGUCCGAUGGAGCGGUUCGUGCAGUUCUUGAGGCGGGGCAAUGGGUUGAUGGCGGCGUCGCUGGCGGCGGGGAGCUGCGCGGAGGAGGUGGCGAAGGCGGAGGGGGCCGGGUGCAGGGACGACGCGGCGGCGCUGAGGCUCAAGGGGGUGGCCAUGGCGACGAUACUGGUGGCCGGGGUGGUCGGGGUGGGUUUGCCGCUGGCGGGGCGGAAGCGGCGCGCGCUGCGCACGGACAGCGCCGCGUUCGUGGCGGCGAAGGCGUUCGCCGCGGGCGUCAUCCUCGCCACGGGGUUCGUCCACAUGCUGCACGACGCCGAGCACGCGCUGUCCAGCCCCUGCCUCCCCGCGCACCCGUGGCGGAGCUUCCCUUUCCCGGGGUUCGUCGCCAUGUCCGCCGCGCUCGCCACGCUCGUGCUCGACUUCCUCGCCACCAGGUUCUACGAGGGCAAGCACAGGGCCGAGACGGAACGCGUCAAGGCCGCCGCCGCCGCCGCGCUCGCCGCCUCCUCGGCUAGCGACGAUGACAUCACCGUGGUCACCGUCACCGAGGACGACAACGACAACAAGGCGCCGCUGCUGCAACCUCACUCGCACUCACACAGCCACCCCCAUGGGCAUGGGCAUGGCCACGAGUUGGCGCAACCGGAGGGCAGUGGCGGUGAGGGGGAGGUGCCGGCGCAAGUGCGGUCCGUCGUGGUGUCGCAGAUACUUGAGAUGGGGAUCGUGUCGCACUCGGUGAUCAUCGGAUUGUCGCUCGGGGUGUCACGGAGCCCCUGCACGAUCAGGCCGUUGGUGGCGGCGCUCUCGUUCCACCAGUUCUUUGAGGGGUUCGCGCUUGGCGGAUGCAUUGCUCAGGCACAAUUCAAGACACUAUCAGCAGCUAUAAUGGCAUGUUUCUUCGCCAUCACAACACCAGCUGGGAUCGCAGCUGGUGCCGGUGUGGCGUCAUUCUACAACGCCAAUAGCCCACGGGCUCUAGUGGUGGAGGGCAUCCUCGACUCCGUGUCGGCCGGCAUCCUAAUAUACAUGUCGCUGGUUGAUCUCAUCGCCGCGGACUUCCUUGGCGGGAAAAUGACAGGAUCGACACGGCAGCAGGUGAUGGCAUACAUUGCACUGUUCCUCGGCGCUCUCUCCAUGUCAUCCCUUGCAAUCUGGGCCUGAAAACCAGAGGCCAUGGGUUUGAAGAUAGUUGCACAACAACGCAUACAGAGUAGUAGUAGCAGCUUUUGGCUCAUAUCACAACAACAUGCCCUGUUUUUCAUGGGCGUGAGACUAAUCUGGCGCUGAUAGAAAACCGGGGCAUUGUAAUGUACACAUAUGUAUAGCUUUUGCUUGUAGCUCCUACUACUGCCCCCAAGCUCCCAACCAUAUGAUCACCACAGCAAGUGUUGCUAAUGUGACUUAUGUGAGGUGGUGAUGGCUGGAGAGUGUUGUUGGCUGAGUAUAUAUAUUUUUUUGUUCUUUCCUUUUUCUAAUGAAAGGUGUUUAUCUUUUUUAAAUGAAUUGGCACCAGCAGCAUCUCUGCAUCUGCUGCUAUUGUCCAUAACAACAGUUCGAUUGGUGUGAUCAUGUGAUGUAUACUCCCUCUGUUAACAUAAGGGUUUAAAUUUGUACGUAAUAUAGAGAUUCCUAUGUGAUGUA